AAAAAAAAGAAGAAGAAAAGGACAAGCAAUCAGUCGCCACUCGCCAGUGGCCCCAAGUGAGUGUUGACCCCCAGAGAAGACUUGAUCCCUUUGGACACGCACUCACGCAGGCCAAGGCAGGCAGGGUGGAAGGGGAGGCAGACAUGGAUAGCUUGCUGGCAGUGUGGAACGAAUGGGAGAUCCGCAUGCUCGUGCUCACCAGCCUCGCCCUGCAGGUGUUCCUCCUCUUCUUCGCCGGCAUCCGCAAGCGCAACGUCUCCGCCGCGCUGAGCCUGCUGCUGUGGCUCGCCUACCUGCUCGCCGACUCCAUCGCCAUCUACGCGCUCGGGUACCUCUCCCAGACGCGCGUGCCCAAGGGCGUCGACCCACAGACCUUCAAGCGCACCCACCGCAUCCAGGCCUUGUGGGCGCCGUUCCUCCUCCUCCACCUCGGCGGCCAGGACACCAUCACCGCCUUCUCCAUCGAAGACAACGAGCUCUGGAAGCGCCACCUGCUCAGCCUGCUCAGCCAGGUUGGCCUCGCCGUGUACGUCUUCACCAAGUCGCACCCCGGCGCCGACAUGCUUGCCCCCGCCGUGUUCAUGUUCGUGAGUGGUAUCGUCAAGUACGGCGAGAGGACAUGGGCGCUCAAGUGCGCGAGCAUGGACAACCUGUGGAGCGGCAUGGUCACGACGCCGGACCCGGGCCCCAACUACGCCAAGUUCAUGGAGGAGUACCGGUUCACGCACGAGGCCGGGCUCCAGGUGGAGAUCGUCAUCGAGCAGGAGCGCCGUGCGGAGGCCACCGCCGCCACCGCCGCCACCGCUGUGGGCGUCGCCGAGGAGACCGUGCCGUACACGGAUGUCAUCGCCGACGCGAGCCGCUUCUUCGUCAUCUUCAGGCGGCUCUUCGUCAACCUCAUCCUCAGCUUCCAGGAGCGCACCCGGAGCCAGGCCACGUUCCUGCGGCUCACGCCGGAGCAGGCGUACAAGGUCAUCGAGAUCGAGCUGUCGCUCAUGUACGACACCCUGCACUCCAAGGCGGCGGUGAUCCACACCUGGUACGGCCGCCUCCUCCGCUGCCUGACGCUCCUCUCGACGUCGACAGCUUGCCUUCUCUUCAACGUGCUGCGCCACCACAAGGGUAAGCACCACUCAUCAUACAACCACGUCGAUGUCUGCAUCACUAACGUCUUGUUCGGAGGAGCUCUGUGCUUGGAGGUGUACGCCGUAGGAAUGAUGCUCGUAUCCUACUGGACGUUCGCCGCUCUGCGAAGCUGUAAUCUCAGCUUCCUGAGCGAUCUGAUCUUCCGGAGCAUUCAGUAUUUCCAUCCGGAAAGACGGUCCAAGUGGUCCAAUCUGAUGGCUCAGCACAACAUCAUCAGCUUCUGCCUCCUGGACAAACCAACCGUGCUCACCAAGGUCCUGAGCGUCCUCGGGCUCAAAGGGCACUGGGACAGCUGGCUGCACAUACGUCACAUCGAGGUGUCGCACGAGCUGAAGAUCGUGGUGUUCAGGGAGCUCAAGGAUAAGACGGCGAGCAUCGUGGAUGCCGAGAGCUACCGCAAGUUCAGCAACCACCGGGGCCAGUGGGCUCUCCAGUGCAAGGGCUACUACAAGGAGCUCGGCUGGAGCGUGGAGGUGGAGUUCGACGAGAGCAUCAUCCUCUGGCACAUUGCCACGGACCUCUGCUUCCACUCCGACGAUGACACCGGCGACGCGAAGGUCGCGCCGUACGUCGAGGUCAGCCGGGCGAUGUCGAACUACAUGCUCUUCCUCCUCGUCGCGCGGCCCUUCAUGCUGACGGCGGGCAUCGGGCAGAUCCGGUUCGGGGACACCUGCGCGGAGGCCAGGAACUUCUUCGGGCGCGCUGGGACGGCGCCCCCGGACGCGGGGGCCUCGGCGGGGAUGGUGCUCGGCGUGAGCGCCGAGAUCGCGCCGAGGGACGUGAAGGGGGACCGGAGCAAGUCGGUGCUGUUUGACGCGUGCCGGCUGGCCAAGUCGCUGCUGGAGCUGCCGCCGCGCAGGCGGUGGCGCGUCAUCCGCGUGGUGUGGGUGGAGAUGCUCUGCUACGCAGCGAGCAAGUGCCGGAGCAACUUCCACGCCAAGCAGCUGAGCGGCGGCGGCGAGCUGCUCACGGUCGUCUGGUUCCUGAUGGCGCACCUGGGGGUCGGCGAGCAGUAUAGGAUAGAGGCAGGGCAUGCCAGGGCCAAACUGAUCGUAGAAAAGAAUUGAGAUUACAAAUUUGUGUAAAAUGUGUGGCCUUGAAAAUUCUUGCAAAUUUAUGCACAUAUACUAUAUCUUGGACCACUGUCCUCAUUUGCGGAAGUGAACUUUUAAUGAGAAUGAAGGCCAUGCAUUUUUAUUCUAGACCAAUAAUGCUAGCUUUGUUCGUAAGCCUGCCCAUUUAUUUUUGCCUCAUUUCAGACUCGAAUUGGUAACUGCUAUCUAGUUAUAUAAUCCAAUCGUCCACAUAUUUUCUC